CCCAGCAGGGCCCUGGGGAGGCCGGGAAGGGGCAAGCCGGCGCCUGUUCUGCACCUGUGGCCUCAGGGUCCGAGCUGCCACCAUGGACUGUAGCUGCGUCUCCGACCUGCUUUUUGCUCCGCCUGCCCUGCCGGCUCUCUGGACCCCAGGCUUCGCCUUCCCGGACUGGGCCUACAAGCCCGAGUCCUCACCAGGCUCCAGGCAGAUCCAGCUGUGGCACUUUAUCCUGGAGCUGCUGCAGAAGGAGGAGUACCAGGGGGUCAUCGCCUGGCAGGGGGACUACGGCGAGUUCGUCAUCAAGGACCCGGAUGAGGUGGCUCGGCUCUGGGGCAUCCGCAAAUGCAAACCCCACAUGAACUAUGACAAGCUGAGCCGGGCCCUGCGCUACUACUACAACAAGCGGAUCCUGCACAAAACCAAGGGGAAGAGAUUCACCUACAAGUUCAACUUCAGCAAAGUAGUGCUGGUUAACUACCCGCUGCUGGAUGUGGCCGCGGCCACCACUGGUUCCCCACUGUUGCUGACCCCUGGUCCCUUUGGGGGAGCCCCUGGCCCGGAUGCUCCUCCCCUCACCCCGGAGACCCUGCAGACCCUGUUCUCUGCCCCACGCCUGGGGGAGCCUGGGGCCCGGGCCCCCCUGUUCGCUCCUGAGACAGACAAGCUUCGUUUGGACAGCCCCUUCCCGUUCCUGGGCUCUGGUGCCACCGGCUACUCCAAGCCCCCUGGCCUGCUGGGUUCCUACGGCCGCGCCUUCCCAGAAUACCCCUGGAACUUUAACCCCUACCUCGCCGGCCCCUUCCCCAAGCUGCCCCCCUCUCUCUACCCCUCCCACUUCUACCCCAACCCUCUGGCCAGCUCCCUGGGCCACCUGCCCUUGGCAGGGGCAGGGACAGGGACAGGACCCACAGCCUCACCCCUCCUGAGUGCAGCAGGGGAGGCCCUGGGCGCUGAGAGGCCCUCGGGGCUGGCAGCGGCUUCCCGCUUAGCCCUGCCGGGAGCAGGGGGUCCGGAGGCGGCGCUGGGGAAGGAGGACAGCGACUCAGAGCUGGAGGUCACAGAUGUGAGUGGCUGCAGCUCUGACAGCGAGGGCGAGGAGGGGCUCCUCGCGCCCCCCAAGGCCAAGAUGGGCAAAGGGGGUGUUGGCAGCUGA